GCCAAUCCUGCAGCAAUAGCUCUUACUCAACGACAGCAGCAAAAUCAGAACUUGCUGAGCCUCCAAGCUGCUGCCGUAGCGCAAGCGCAGCAUCAAGCUGGCCUUCUCAAUCCCGCUGUUCAGCAGCAACUCGCUGCUGUCUACCAACAACAGCAACAACAACACCAGCAAGCUCAAAAUCAACAGGCUCUCGCCCAGGCCAUUAUUUUCGCUGCGCAACAGAAUCGCGGACAUCAUCGUCCUUAA